AUGUGGUCUCUGGGUUGCAUAUUCGCUGAGAUUGCUUCAACCAAACCCCUGUUCCCAGGAGAAUGCGAAAUCUCUCAGCUGUUCAAGAUAUUCGAGAUCGUUGGAACUCCAAAUAAUAAGAACUGGCCAGGAGUAGCCGAUCUUCCACACUACAAAGCAGUUUUUCCUCAAUGGUCAUUUGAUUUGAAUAAACUGGAAGAGAUGUCUUGCCUCACUGGUCAUGGCCUAGAUGUUCUGCAAGAAAUAUUACGAUAUCCACCAGAGCGUCGAUUAACUGCCAAAGGAGCUCUUUCUCAUCGAUAUUUUCUUCAAAAUGAAUUCACACAGAACCGGCCCACAGUCACAGAGUUGAUAAAACAAAUUCGCAUGCAUAGCCGGGCGUCGUCAUCAAGCAGUCGUCAGGAAAAAUCUACCUUCUAG